GCUACUUCGGCGGUGGGAGUUCGGUCGCGGUCUUCGAGCCUGUUAUUAUUUCAGCGGGGCCGGAAGGGGCAGAGCGAGCUCGUCAGGGACAAGGGGGGCUUGGAGAACUGACGUACCUGCGGCCAGGAAGGAGAAAAGUAGCUGUAGGGUGUCUUUCCGAGUGUCAUUGGACUGGAGAAGGUUCUGAGGGGAGGAGGAGAGAGUUGGAAUCCUGGGAUACUGACAGUAGGCCAGGGAAAGGCAGCCUGUGAGGGAGGGGAAGUGUUCUAGGAAGGGAGGCACAGGGGGGCAUUUGGGAUUCCAUGGCAGCAGCAGCUGAGCCUGCAGGCAGUAGCUAUAGGGCCCCCCCGAACCCUAUGGCAACUCUGCAUGAGGAGGCAGUCUGUGCCAUCUGCCUAGACUAUUUCAUAGACCCGGUGUCCAUCGGAUGUGGCCACAAUUUCUGCCGCGUCUGCAUCACCAAGCUGUGGGGCUCGGGUGAAGGUCAGAGUGAGGAGGAAGGAGAUGAUGUGGGAGCAUCUGGCUCAGAUGGCGGGUAUGGGCCUGGUUCUGAGGGCGCUGUGGACGAUGGAGGAAUAGAUGACCUGGGACCUGAGGAAAAUGGGGACGAUGAUGAAGAUGGUGAUCUGGAAGAUGAGGCAUACUUGUAUGAUGGAGACAUGGGAGAAGAGGAUGAGGAUGUGUCCAGGGAGGAGUACGAUGAUGAUGAUCCUGAGCUGUGGGACGAAGGAGACUGGGACGAAGACCCUGGUUCAGACGACAUGUGGGAUGAUGCCAUGGGGAGUGAUUUAUUCUUUGAUAAUUAUAAUGAUGUUGAGGAUAUCAUGAAUGAAGGAGAAGAACCAGAGGAAGAGGAAGAGUAUACUGUGCCGGCAACUCCACCCACUCCCCCACAACGCCAGGCUUUUACUUGCCCCCAGUGCCGCAAAACUUUCCCCCAUCGCAACUUCCGCCCCAACCUUCAGCUGGCCAAUAUGGUGCAGAUCAUCCGACAGUUGCAUCCGCAGCCCUUCAAGCCCGUGAUGGCAGCAAUUGAGGCAGUGGAGUUGGCAGCAGCAGGGGAUUCAUCUGGAGCACCAUCUGCUAUAGCAGCAGAUCAAACUCCAAGUAUGGAGAGCACCCUGUGUGAGAAACACCAGGAGCCCCUCAAACUUUUCUGUGAGACAGAUGAGGAGCCCAUCUGUGUGGUGUGCAGGGAGUCCCGAACCCAUAAACAUCAUAGCGUCAUGCCACUGGAAGAAGUUGUGCAAGAAUACAAGGCCAAACUCCAGGGUCACUUGGAUCCUCUCAAGAAGAAACUGGAGACUGUUCUGAAGCAGAAGUCAAGUGAAGAGGAAAAGAUAGCCGAUCUCAAGAACAAGAUGAAGCUUGAUAUGAAAGAGUUUGAGUCAGACUUUGAGCGGCUGCACCAGUUCCUCGUCGGAGAACAGGCACUGCUGCUGCACCAGCUGGAGGACCGCUAUGAGCUGAUGCUGGCCAGCCAGAGUAGCAACAUCACCCACCUCGAGGAGCAAGGUGCUGCACUCAACCGCCUCAUUUCUGAAGCUGAAGACAAGAGCAAACAGGAUGGUUUGCAGUUGCUCAAGGACUUCAAAGGCACUUUAGUCAGGUGUGAGAAUAUUAAGUUCCAGGAUCCAGAGAUGGUACCAGUGGACACCGGAAAGAAAUACCGGAACUACUUCCUUCUAGACAUCUUAAUGAGGAAGAUGGAGAAGAUCUUCUGCAAAGCCCCUCAAGCUGAUUUGACCCUGGACCCCGAGACGGCUCACCCACGGCUCACCCUUUCCUCGGACUGCCGCAGUGUCCGGCUGGGGGAGCGCUGGCGAGACCUACCUGAUAACCCCAAACGUUUCGACUCCGACUACUGUGUGCUGGCCUUGCAAGGCUUCACUGAUGGCCGACAUUACUGGGAGGUGGAGGUGGGGGGCCGACGGGGGUGGGCUGUGGGGGCAGCCCGGGAAUCGGCCCGACGCAAAGAGAAGUCCAAUGGUGGUCCCCACCAGAAACGGGAGAUCUGGUGUGUGGGGACCAACGGCAAGAAGUACCAGGCUCUGACCACCACCGAGCAGACGUCCCUUUCUCCCACUGAGAAGCUCCGUCGCUUCUGUGUCUACCUGGAUUAUGAGCGGGGCCAGCUGGGUUUCUACAACGCUGAAAGCAUGGCCCAUAUCCACACCUUCAAUGCCUCAUUCCGCGAGCGCAUCUUCCCCUUCUUCCGCAUCCUUUCGAAGGGGACCCGCAUCAAAAUCUGCAAUUGAUACCGUCGCUGGUGUUGCUCUUGCUGUUGCACGUAGCUAGAUUUUCUCCCCAACAAGGCCUCCACCUCACGAUAAGUCCUCCUGUCCCAGCUGAUCAUCUCUGACGAGAGAUCCCUAAUCCUCAUUGCUCUUGGACAUUGGUGGGUUCCUUCUCUUUCUCACUUUGUGAGUUCACUGUGGUGUGGUGUGGCAGGGAUUCUCUCCUUCUACGGAUCCAUCAUUGCACAGUUGUCCUUCCACAGUGCUUGACCAGAUCUGAUUUUCUUUUUCUCUUGUGGCUUAGAGCCACCCUAGCAUGAACUUCUCUCUCUCCCUUCAACUUUGGGUUUCUGAUGGUUGCUGACUACAUCACUCUUCCAUCCUCUCCUCAAGGAUCUCUUGUGUCCUUGAUCUCUCUAACUUCUCUGAAGGAAUAUGUGUUGACGAUUAUUCAGCCUGUGGUUUUCUGGCUGUGCUUGGUGGGAUCUGCCAUGGCACGGUGACUGGGACAAAGCAGUCCAAGGCUAGUCGCUGACAUUCCAAAGCCACUUGAACCUGCUUAAGCCAGGCACUUGAGACUGAUUGGGUGCCCGAUUGUCUUAACUUCUUUGAAUGUUGGUGCCCAAACAGGUUGACUGGUCCCAACAUGUUCUUGGAGCUGUAGCCUAUCCAUGCUGUAAAACCUGUUCUGUUUCUGUCUUGCUGUCCAAGACCAGCGAUCUUCCUGCAGAUCCUGAAACAACUUCAUGGCAGUGUCUGCGCCUGAAUAUCCUAUCUGGUUUUCAGACCCCAGGCUCCUUCAAUUGCCCUGAUGUCUACUUUUUGAUCUCCUAUUUUUUCUCUUUAUUUACUAAGAUCAGAUUUAAAAACAACCACCAGUACCACCAUUUCUGUCCCACUGCUCUGUGUGUGUGGUUUGAUGUAAUGUCCCAGCUGUUUGUCUCCCAUUGUGUGAUGUGAUCCCUACCCCUUUUGACUACAGGGGGAAGGAAGUCUUUAACAAUAUUGCUAAUGUGAUGUUCAGGCCAUUUGAGGGCAAUGACAGAUGUAAACGCUGCUGUGUUCUUGGAUGUCAUUGGCGGACCCUGGCUGUACGGAUGAAUUUAACCCCACCCACCCCUGGCUUAGCUAACUUAUUUUAAAUAGCUUCCCCAUCACUCCAGACUUGCCAUGCGGAAUCCUUCUCUCCCAUCCUGCAAACCACUGGGGGCUUUAGCUGUGCCAGCUGUAUAUGUUGUUUUUCUGAUUCUUUUUGGCAUUAGAGCUCCUUUUGAACUAUUUUUCGCUAAAAAAAAAAAAGACUUAAAAUGGAGAUCUAGUUUUUUGGGAAAAGUUGAGAGAAAUAAAUCAAUCAAUUGUACAA